AUCGUUCGUAUUCGAAGCUACCAUCACUAUUAUCGAUACUGACAGUACAGCUCUAAUCAUAAUGGAGACGCUACUGGAGCAGCAGCGUCGGUAUCACGAAGAGCGCGAGCGUCUAGUCAAACUUAUGGUCGAUGAGCAUGCAACCAAGAAGCCCGGCGAAAAAGAGCGCAUUCACAGUGAGCACCGGCUAAAGUACUUAAUGGAACUGCACCUCCACGCCACCACACAGCUGCGCGAUCUGUACGAAGACAAGGACAAUGAGCGAAAGGCUGAAAUUGCGGCGCUAUCUGGACCAAAUGAGUUCAAUGAAUUCUAUGCCCGUUUGAAGCAGAUUAAACAGUUCUACAAAUCUCAUCCGGCCGAAGUCAGUGUUCCGCUUUCCGUUGAAUUUGAAGAAAUGAUAAAGGUCUACAGUAAUCCCGAUGAAAUGGGCGCUCUGGUUGAGUUCACCGACGAGGAGGGUGGCGGCCGCUACUUGGAUUUGAACGAGUGUUAUGAGCUUUACUUAAAUUUGCGCGGCGUUGAAAAAUUGGACUACAUUUCGUACCUCAUGUCCUUCGACCAUGUCUUUGACAUACCACGUGAGCGUAAAAAUCGCGAGUACCGCAAGUAUAUUGAGACGCUUAACAAUUAUCUACACAGCUUUAUUCUGCGCAUUCAACCGCUGCUCGACCUUGAGGGCGAGCUGGUUAAGGUUGAGCUCGAUUUCCAGCGCCAAUGGCUGCAAGGCGCAUUCCCUGGCUGGUCAUUGAAGGAGACCGAAUCGGCGCUCGCAAAUACGGGCGCGCAUUUAGAUUUAUCAGCUUUCUCAAGCUGGGAGGAGCUGGCCUCUUUGGGCUUGGAUCGUCUCAAGUCCGGGUUGGUCGCCUUGGGCCUGAAGUGUGGCGGCACUUUGGAGGAGCGGGCGCAACGUCUGUUCACCACGAAAGGCAAGAGUACCUUGGACCCGGCUCUAAUGGCCAAGAAACCAACAACAAAAAGCGCCAAUGCACAGACGCGCGAGAAUGAACGAAAUAAGGAAAUCGCGCAGUUGGAGGCGCUGCUCUAUAAAUACGCCGAGCUGCUCUCCGAACAACGUGCGGCAACCAAGGAGAAUGUCCAGCGUAAACAGGCACGAACUGGGGGCGAGCGCGAUGACAGCGACAUUGAAGCUAGCGAGUCAGAUAACGACGAUGAUCCGGAUGCGGAUGAUGUUCCGUUCAAUCCCAAGAAUUUGCCAUUGGGCUGGGACGGCAAACCCAUACCCUACUGGCUGUACAAGCUGCAUGGAUUGAAUAUCAGCUAUAACUGCGAAAUUUGCGGCAACUUCACCUAUAAGGGUCCCAAGGCGUUUCAGCGUCACUUUGCCGAGUGGCGACACGCGCACGGAAUGAGAUGCCUGGGCAUACCGAAUACGGCGCAUUUUGCGAAUGUGACACAGAUCGAAGAUGCGAUCACGUUGUGGGAGAAACUCAAGUCACAAAAGCAGAGCGAACGCUGGGUAGCCGACCAGGAAGAGGAGUUCGAGGACUCCCUGGGCAAUGUGGUCAAUCGCAAGACAUUCGAGGAUUUGAAACGACAAGGAUUGCUCUAAAAAGUAGUUUUUAUAUGUCUCAUGUAAAAUGUAAUGCUUAAUAUACAAUUUUUAAACCUAA